AUGCUUCCUGCGAAUGCGCCCCAUCGCAAACUAUUCCAGACGUCGAGGAGGAGGAUGGACACCACCGACUACGGUGGGAUUCAGGCUCAGUCCGCCCAACCGCAGGCAUCCGGGCCGCACGUCGUACUUAGGUAUGGAGGCAUUCGGGAAAUGAUGCCGCUUGUGAGGAGUGAGCAGGUGAGCAAGGCCUUCACAAAAAAAGGAUAGUUGCCACGGCGCCACGGGCCCAAAGAUGAUCACAAUUAUGCGAAUAAUUCUUCUUUUCAGAUGUUGGAAACGUUAAUCGAUCGAGCUCGUCACAUCGUAACAGCAGUCGGAGUCACGGACACUCGAAACAUGUACCUUUUCCGUCACGAGUACAAUUCGCCCACCCUCCUCUACCCCAUCACUGCAGCUUCACAAAUUGUAAGUUUCCUCCUUCCACCCGCUUUCAUUCCAUUCCCAUUUCUUCAGAAUCCCGGCUCAAUAGUAGAAAUCAUUCUAGUGGACCGGACGGACGCGGCGGCAAUACCCCACGUCGUCGAACCCGAAUCCUACAUGCGUCCCACGUUUUGCGACUUUUGCGGAGAAAUGCUCACCGGGCUUCUGCGGCAGGGUGUCAAGUGCAAAAUGUGCAACGGGAAUUAUCACAAACGAUGUUCGAACGCGGCGCGCAACAAUUGCAUGGCCGCCGCGUCGAAUCCGAACGUUUCGGCGGCUCCGGCAGUGCCGAACAGGCCGCCGAACCUGCCGCCGCUUCCACCAACGCCCACCGGAUUCCCCGUCGCCGCGUUGUCAACGCCUUCAGGUACGAGAUAGGAUAUUCAGGGGUGGAGCAGGGCUGGGCAAAACAUUGGCCGGCCUUGGCUGGCCAGCGGUCGGCCAAGGCUUUGGCCGGGCUAGUUGCAAGCGCGCUCCACUGCAAAAAAAAGCCUAAAAAAGGUGAAAAGAAAGUGUUGUUUUCCUUUUUUUUUUCGUUUUUUUACAUCGCUGAAUUGGAUUUUUUGACGUAAAAAACGGAAAAAACGGAAAACAAUCUUUUUUUUUAUCACAGCCUGAAUAACCCCAUAAGUGAGUUAAAUUUCGAUGAAAUGAAAGCUGGCAAAUUUCGAAAAUUAGCAGAAGUGAAGAGAAAAAUAAAAGAGAACGAUAGAAUUAAUGAGAACGAGAUGCGUGAGAACGAAACGAAAGAAAAAAAUGUAUGGGAACAAUGUUAUGAAUCGAAUUCAUCGAAUUGAGCAUUUUUCUGUGAAAAUAUUUGAUCAUAAAGUGAAAAAAAACGUUGAAAAAGAAGAAAACCUUUUCGAAAACACGUUUUUUCGUUAUUUUAAAUGCUUUGUGUGCAAACACCGCUCAGUGAACUUUUGCAGUGGAGCGCGCUUGCAACUAGCCCGGCCAGGGCUUUUCAUUGGCCGGCCAUUUGCCCAGCGGAGGGGCUACAAACUAUGGAAAAGUGUUUCAGGCCUUCCGCACACUCUAAUCGAACACAGCUACCGUCAAUUCACAGUAUGCAAAGUGUGCGAUCAUCUGCUAGUCGGUCUCGUGAAACAAGGACUCAAAUGCCGCGAUUGUGGAGUGAAUGUGCAUCGAAAGUGUGCGAUGGAGCUGGCCUCCAACUGUGUCCUAUCCGAAAAUGCAAUAUCCCGAGUGAAUUUUGUGGAUCAAGACAGUCACGGCUCGUCUUCGGACAACAUUCCACUGUUCAGAUUGCCUGGUGCGUUGGACUUGUCAACUGAACGUCAAAGGUGAACAGGCGAAUUUCAGGUCAAGUAGGAGUGCGAGCCACCGAGAAAAAGAACCUCGAGGGCUGGAUGAUUCACUUCAUUCUCGCGGACCCGGAACGCCGUCUCAAACACUACUGGAUGAUGCAGAACCACGCGAUCCACCUCUACAACGAGUACACGGAGGGCAUCGGCGUCAAUCCGAAUCGCGUCUACCGGAUAAUUCCACUCGCCGAAAUCACGUCGGUCGUGCAGAAUAACGGAAAGUCGGUGCUUGCCAAGCAUCCGCCGCAUUGCUUCGAGAUUCGGACGACGACGAACACGGUGUUUUGUGUGGGCGAAGAUUAUCACGCGUUCUCGGGAGGGCCGCCCAAAAAGAUACCGAGGAGUAUGAGCUGUCGGCCGACUUCCAACACUAACAUGUGGUUUCAGGUAAGGUCCCGAUCACGGUCUCCAGAGCUGGCCUCGGCCAAAUGGCAUUUUAAUGAAUUGAGCAGGUUUUCUCUGAUUUUUGUGGUCAACGGCAAUAAAAAAUGAUUGUUCGACAUGAAAACACACUAAUUCUCGAGAAUUAAUGACGUUUUGGCGCAUUUUUCGCCGACUUUGCUUUUUCGUCUUCACCGCCGAUCGCCGUCUAAAAACCGCACUUCUCAUUUUGCGCUUUCUUGACCGUUUUCCGACAGAAUUGGUUUUGAGAAUGAUAAAUCGCGUGAAUACAAGAAUUUUGAGCUCGAACAGCGAAAAUUACCGAAAAGCAACUGAAAUUCACGCAGUUUUAGCCAAAAACCUUCAAACGGAAAAAUGUGAUUUGCGACUUGACCAAAUUUAACGCUCUUGCGCUUAAAAAAUUCGUAAUAGCCUAUACAAUCGGUCUAUCGAGAGACAAAUGAGAAAUUAUCGGUUUUUCGUGGCUAAUCUGGCAAAAAACAUUAAUUUUGCUGUUAAAAUUUGAAUUUCGCGCCAAUGUAUCGCUCUAUUGGGCGGGGCGCACUUGCGCCCAUUGUCAGCUCUGAAGACCGUGUCCCGCUGUGUUUGUUAAUCGAUAAAUCCGAAUGUUAUUCAGUUCAUAAAAGAGUCUCUCCAACCGCCGUCCCGCAACGAGGACAAUGCGGAGCAAGCGCUGGAAUUCGCGAAUCUUUACCAAGUUCUCAGUGAUAAGACGCUUGGGAGUGGUCAAUUCGGGACUGUUUACUCGGCGAUUCAAAGGCAUUCAGGCAAAGAAGUCGCCGUUAAGGUAAGGGUUCUGCCGAUAGAGCGCAUUCGGCAAAAAACGCACCAUUUCUCAGGUGAUCUCCAAAGAGCGCUUCUCGAAGAAAAGCAGUGGAGCCGAGUCGAUGAGAGCGGAAGUGGCGAUUCUCCAGCAGACGUGUCAUCCAGGAAUUGUCUGCUUGGAGUUCAUGUGCGAGACCAAGGACAAGAUCUUUGUGGUCAUGGAGAAAAUGAACGGAGACAUGUUGGAGAUGAUUUUGAGUCAAGAGCUCGGACGUCUCAACUCUCGAGCCACCAAGUUUUUGCUUGUGCAGAUUCUGUGCGCUCUCAAGUAUCUUCACGAUCAGGGCAUUGCGCAUUGCGAUCUGAAGCCGGAGAAUGUGCUGCUCUCGGAUAUGGGCUCCAACUUUCCGCAGACGAAGAUCUGCGACUUUGGCUACGCGCGUUUUAUUCCCGAGUCUCAGUUCCGGAAGACGGUCGUCGGAACGCCCGCGUAUCUUCCGCCCGAAGUGCUGCAGAGGAAGGGCUACAAUAAAUCGCUGGACAUGUGGUCGGUCGGAGUCAUCAUUUAUGUCACUCUUUCCGGAACGUUUCCCUUCAAUGAGGGAGAGGAGGUAGCGUUUCUGGAUAGAGAAUCUUUCGGUUCACAUCCUGUUUCAGAUCUCGGAACAAAUUCAAAACGCGUCAUUCAUGUUUCCGUCGGAGCCGUGGAAUGAGGUGGAACCGCUGGCGGUGGACCUCAUUCAAAAGCUGCUCAAAGUUGAGAUCGAGGCUCGAAUGUCCAUAGAACAGUGCCUGGACCAUGAUUGGUUGAAAGGCGAGCAACUUUAUCGCGAUCUCCGCGACCUCGAAGUUCGUCUCAACACUCCAAGGUAUCAAAAAAGGAAAUAAUCGAGGAAAAGUGAAUCGUUUUCAGAUAUCUCACAAGCCCAACAGACGAUGUACUCUACGGUCCUCCUUGCUAA